CUGCUGUGUACGUGCGAUCCGGCUGCUGGUAUGUACCCGUUGAUUGUCCCUUCGGUAUGACGCCGUAUUUCCUGUGCCUAGUGAGCCCGUUCCAGCUGUUAGUUUUGCCCUUCACUGAUCUGCUGUUUCUUGUCAGGAGCCUCGACCAUCGCCCCAUGGGCGUCAUAGGGGGAACUUGUGUCACGUUGAACAGAACUGUGCGACGUUGGAUUCUCGACAUUCUGACGCUGGGUCGCGCAGCUUCCCCCCUCUACUGGCCAUUGGGUCUGUUCCGCUUUCCUGCGGCGCGUACAUUCGCAAUGCAACACCCUCAGUACAUAGGGGUACGCACCCGUAGUCGCCGCGUCUCAGGCUUAGCACGACGUGUUGGCUUCCGCCGGCGGUGAAUAAAUUCGAAUGGCGCAGGCGGGUUCGCCGGCUCUCAAGCUUGCGAUAUAUUCCGACUGGCAACAGACUGUAAGUAUGCCUAUUUCAAGUUUAUAGCGCCAGGUGGCGGCAACUCGAAGAGCUGAUGUUUUCGGUAGGUGACGAACAGAUCACAACAAGGCGGAGCCUGAAUUCUGACCCUGCAGAAACCUUGCUAUUAUGUAAUGCUAUCCAAAUGCUAUCGCGAUCUAAUUCCAUCAUCAU